AUGAUUUAUGAAGCUGUGUGCACAGAAGCAAAGGUGACCCCAGCUGUGAAGUACACGAAGGUAAAGCUGCCACAACCGGAGGGUGCCAAGGCCUUGCCGACCUCCGUCGCCCCCCUUGCAGGAAAAGGCCCCUUUCUGGAGGCACCAGGCAGAGCCAAGUUAUCCACCCUGAGCCCUGCCGCCCGCGCAGCCACCACGCUGUUCCCAUUCGAAAACUUCACGCUUGAUGCAGCCGAUUUCUUCUUUAAUUGCUGUGAUUGCUGUCCACCUGUGCCAGGCCGCAAGGGGGACCAGGGAGAGCGAGGUCUUCCAGGCCCUAAAGGAGAGAAGGGAGACGCUGGUCUUCGAGGUCUGCCAGGAACGCCAGGACCUCAAGGUCCAAAAGGUUUUAAAGGAGAAAGAGGUGGCAAAGGGGAACAAGGCGAACGAGGAACAAACGGCAUCCCAGGUUAUCCAGGCAAACCUGGAGUACAAGGUGAAGCUGGAGUAAAAGGCAAUAAGGGCAACUACGGCCUCCCUGGACUGAAGGGCCAAAAGGGGAGCAAAGGGGACACUUGUGAGAAUGGGACCAAAGGAGCCAAAGGAGAUCAGGGGGACACUGGGGCCCCAGGGCUGGAUGGAGAACGUGGGGACAAAGGGGAAAAGGGAGACAUCGGGGAGAAGGGGUAUUGCGGGGAGCCGGGAGGGAGAGGGGAGAAGGGUGAGAGGGGGGAAGGUGGGAUGAAAGGAGAGAAAGGCAGCAAAGGAGAAACAGGGGUUGAGGGUAUCCAUGGGAUGGAUGGAAAACAGGGUGAAAAGGGUGAGCAGGGAAGUAAGGGUGAAAAAGGGGACCUGGGACCCACUGGCAUCAUGGGACCCUCGGGACCCAAGGGGGACGCUGGCAGCCGAGGGGGCAGAGGGGCUCCUGGCAAGAAAGGCUCCCGAGGCGUGAAGGGCGCCAGAGGCGACAGCAUGAAGCUCCCGCGAUCGGCAUUCAGUGCUGGGUUGUCCAAGCCCUUCCCUCCACCCAACGUCCCCAUCAGAUUUGACAAGGUUUUGUACAACGACCAGGAGGAUUAUAACCCUUCCACCGGGAAAUUCAACUGCAGCGUGCCCGGGGCGUACGUCUUUGCUUACCAUCUGACGGUGAGAGGGCGGCCAGCCCGCGUGAGCCUGGUGGCCCAGAGCCGGCGAGUGGCCAAGGCUCGCGAUACACUCUACGGCCAAGAAAUCGAUCAGGCGUCUUUCCUGACAGUCCUGAGGCUGAGUGCCGGUGACCAGGUGUGGCUGGAGGUGGCGCGGGACUGGAACGGGCUCUACGUCAGUGCUGAGGACGACAGCUUCUUUACGGGGUUUCUUCUGUACCCUGAUGACAUUUCUGAGAUCCUGCUAUAG